ACUUCUGCUGCUUACUCCACAACCUCCUCCAGCAAACCCGGAGCUUGUUCGUCUUUCUCAGGGCCAAUUGAGGCAAGAAGAAGCUGCUGGUAGCGGCCAGGUCGAGGUCCUACCAGCUGUUUUCCCCCGCCUUGCGCGCCAUGGCCUCGCAACCACGGCCAGAAUCACCACAACCACCUCAAUCGCCAGAGCCACCGCGAUCAGAGCCACCGGGAUCAGAGUCGCCACUAAUAAUAGACCCGUUGGGAGAGCCCGAAUCUUCUGUAUCACGGAUCGAGGAAUGGGGUAACUCGCCGCUGCCGCCGGUAGCGCUGGCGACGCUGGUGGCGGCGCUGCACUUCCGGCCGCUGCAGCCGCUGCCGCUGGCGUUCGCGCCGGUGCUGCUGUUCGCGAGCUACGCGAACCUGCAGGGCUUCCGCGCCGACGGGGCCGGCGUCGCCGCCGCCGCCUCGGGCACGUACGCGCUGCUGUCGCUGCGCAGCCUGCGGCGCGGCAUCGGCCGCCGCCGCCGCGCCCAGCCCGCCUACUCCUGGCGCUCCGUCGCCCGCCUCUCCGCCCGCGGCUUCGUCCGCGGCGCCGCCGUCGGCCUCGGCCUCGCCAACGCCAUCGCCGGCGUCUGGGUCUACUCCACCGCCGACCGCGACGCCGAGCGCCGCGAGCGCCGCGACAACCCCCGCUGGGCCCGCUGAGCCACUCGUCCCUUCCCUCCCGCUUCCACUUCCCUGCCUUGGCGCAAGCGGGGAGGGGAGGGCAGAAGGGAGCGCGGCGGAUCGGCCGGCGGACGAGCGGAUGGGAAACGAAAGAGAAAGAGACGAGAAAAAAGUGAUAAAAUAAGCGGGAUGGGAUUGGGAUGGGUGAUUGGUCGGUUCGUUGGCUCAUUACCUAGUUCGGCGUGCACGGCGAAUGGUGAGGGGAGCAAGUAAUACCUACAAUGUGAUGCAACGUUGUACGAACACUUCGACUACAGCUUUCGGAGUUUGUGGGUAACGGCUGUAAAAGCACUGUAAAUAUAUGUGUGUGUACAG